AUUUCAAAAUCGUCAGUCAAAAUUCUCAGUCAUGUUGCUAGUUCAGAAAAUUCGUAGGUGCCAUCAACUGGGCCAGCUUUGCCAAUUACGUUUUCGAACGGCCGGCAGUUACACUGUAGCGCAACAUUUCCAAAAGCAGGCAACGCGUCUUCUGAAUUUCGGUCAGCUAAGAACAACAACAUCUGCAUUUACAGCCGUCAAUUACAGCACACGUGUUAAUUUGCCACAACCAAGCGUAAUGGCCAGCAAAACUUCGCAUUUCGUGUUGCCAAACACGCAGCCCAUUGCCGAUUUGGAUUGCAAAAACGCAUUUGAAAAUUUAACCGACAAGGAAAAGCUGUACGCUCACUAUUUUAGUAAGGCAUCGUGGGAUGGUGGUUUGGUUUCCCUCAUCCAGUCCAGCCCGGAGGCGCCCCUUAUAUUUUCGUUAUUGCAUCGCAUUUUUGUUGCCGAAAAACCCGCCGAGCUGAAAGUCAAAGCCUUAAAAGCGGGCGCUACUGAAGAUGAUUUUACUGCAUUCCUAGUUUACGCAUGUGGCGUGUUCGCCAAUUCCGGCAACUACAAGGGCAUGGGUGAUAGCAAAAUAGUGCCCAACUUGGCGGAGGAUAAAUUUGAGGCGAUCGUACGCUCUUCGGCUGCCUAUGCUGCUGAGCCGCGCGUGUCUAAGAUUUAUGAGAAGGUCAAAAAUCUGAUUUAUGCUCUGGAAGCACGUAAUGAAGUCCUCGGCUUUGCGCCAAAUGGUGUAACUACAUAUUGGUCGGACAACUGCACCAAGGAGGAUUCGGAAAUAGUCAAUGCUUGGCUGACAACGAAGCGUAUCGAGCCAUACAUGUGUCGUACAUUUAAAGUGACCGAGAACGGAAAAACAUUUUACGACAUUAAGCUCGGUUCCGUGGAGCAAACUAGCAAGGAGGGCAUAACCCUGGCUCUGGAGGAGUACAAUGGCAACCAUUUUCGCGUUACACGUGGCGACUAUCAACCCUUGCUGAAACGUGUAAACGAGAAUUUGCUUCAAGCAAAAAAAUAUGCCGCCAAUGAUAAUGAGACAAAAAUGAUUGAGCAUUAUGUCAAAUCCUUUGAGGAAGGCUCUUUGGCCGAGCAUAAGGAUGGCUCCAGAUGGUGGAUCAAGGACAAGGGACCCGUUAUUGAGACCUACAUUGGUUUCAUUGAAACGUACCGCGAUCCGGCGGGCGGGCGUGCCGAAUUCGAGGGCUUUGUGGCCAUGGUCAAUAAGGAAAGUUCGGCUAAAUUUUCCGAAUUGGUCAAUCGUGCCGAGAAACUUCUAGAGUAUUUGCCAUGGACUGAGCCCUAUGAGAAGGAUUCAUAUUUAAAGCCAGAUUUCACGUCGCUAGAUGUACUGACUUUUGCUGGAAGCGGCGUUCCUGCUGGCAUUAAUAUACCCAAUUAUGACGAAAUUCGUCAGGAUGAGGGCUUUAAAAAUGUUUCGCUGGGCAACGUGCUGGCCAACAUAAAUCGCAAGGAUCCCAUACCUUUUCUAUCCGAUGCGGAUCAGACACUCAUGAAGGAAUAUAAGGUGAAGGCUUUUGAGGUGCAAGUGGGUUUGCACGAGCUGUUGGGACAUGGCAGUGGCAAAUUGUUCCGCAUCGAUGAAAAUGGUACUCACAACUUUGACGUGGAGACAGUAAAGAACCUCAUAACUGGCGAGCCUAUUAAGAGUUGGUAUAAGCCUGGCGAGACGUACGAUACAAAAUUCGGUGCUAUUGGUUCAUCCUACGAAGAGUGCCGCGCUGAGGCAGUGGGCCUUUAUUUAUCUCUGCAGCGGGAUAUACUGGAAAUAUUUGGUUUUAAAGACGCUGCAGAGCAGGACGAUAUCAUUUACAUCAAUUGGCUUAGCCUUAUUUGGAACGGCAUGGGUGUUGCCCUGGAAAUGUACAAUCCCAAAUCUAAACUGUGGCUCCAGGCACAUUCGCGUGCACGUUUCGUUAUCAUGAAAGUAUUGCUCGAAGCUGGCGAAGGAUUUGUUACCGUUGAAGAGACCGAGGGUGGUAAAAAUCUACUGCUCACAUUGGACCGUAGCAAAAUUCAUACCGUCGGCAAGAAAGCGCUGGGCGAAUUCUUGACCAAGCUGCAGGUGUAUAAAUCCACAGCCGACAUCGAAGCAGCUUCCAAAAUGUACGAACACUAUUCGAACGUGAACGAAGGCGGAUCGCAUCCUUGGGCCAAGUGGCGUGAUAUAUGCCUGGCGCACAAAAAACCACGCAUUAUUCUGGUGCAGGCUAACACAUUUAUUAAUGGUGACAAAGUUGAAUUAAAGACUUAUGAUGCUACUCAUGAGGGCUACAUACAGUCUUGGGUAGAGCGUUAUCCCACUACUGAUAUUGAUGAUGUACUAGAAAAUAUUGUAGAGCAGGAUAAGAAGUACUUCCCUAUUGCUUAUUCAAAGUAACACGGCUGAAAAUUGCAUAUACAUGUUGACUCUGAAAAUAUAUAUUAAAUAUCUUUAUACACUUUUUAUUGCCAAA